AUGACUAGCAGUGACAGGCUGGGUGAGGCAUCAUGGAUAAAGGGCCAGCAGAUCCUGCCCAAGGCGCAGCUGGAGAGGCAGCAGAACCUGCCCAAGGUGCAGCUGGAGAGGCAGCAGAUCCUGCCCAAAGAGCAGCUGGAGAGGCAGCAGAUCCUGCCCAAGGUGCAGCUGGAGAGGCAGCAGAACCUGCCCAAGGAGCAGCUGGAGAGGCAGCAGAACCUGCCCAAGGAGCAGCUGGAGAGGCAGCAGAACCUGCCCAAGGUGCAGCUGGAGAGGCAGCAGAACCUGCCCAAGGAGCAGCUGGAGAGGCAGCAGAACCUGCCCAAGGAGCAGCUGGAGAGGCAGCAGAUCCUGCCCAAGGUGCAGCUGGAGAGGCAGCAGAACCUGCCCAAGGAGCAGCUGGAGAGGCAGCAGUUCCUGCCCAAGGAGCAGCUGGAGAGGCAGCAGAUCCUGCCCAAGGAGCAGCUGGAGAGGCAGCAGAACCUGCCCAAGGAGCAGCUGCUGGAGAGGCAGCAGAACCUGCCCAAGGAGCAGCUGGCGAGGCAGCAGAACCUGCCCAAGGAGCAGCUGGAGAGGCAGCAGAUCCUGCCCAAGGUGCAGCUGGCGAGGCAGCAGAACCUGCCCAAGGAGCAGCUGGAGAGGCAGCAGAACCUGCCCAAGGUGCAGCUGGAGAGGCAGCAGAACCUGCCCAAGGAGCAGCUGGAGAGGCAGCAGAACCUGCCCAAUGAGCAGCUGGAGAGGCAGCAGAACCUGCCCAAGGAGCAGCUGGAGAGGCAGCAGAACCUGCAGAUGAUAAAGAAAGUCAGACUACGCAACGACAACAGCUGGAUCCGCCAGUGUUCCACCAGCAAGCCUCCUGCCGCCGGACCCAUCAGGAAAGGCAAGUCUCUCGACAACCUGGACAUCUGCUCUUCCUGGCGCUCGUCGUGGACACCGGAGAGCACCUCCUCCAUCCUCAACUACAGUUGGCCUCACUCUGCCCUCAACAGCUACAUCGGCCGGGUCGGAGGUCAUUCCGGCUCAGCCACUAUGUCCUCUCUCUCCAUGACCUGCCUCAGAGGAGCCGGGGUUGGAAGCAACCAGUCUUCAUGGUCCCAGCGCUCUCCCUCACCCUCCUCCUCCUCUUCCCCCUCCCCUUCUACUGGCCCCAAGUCCCAGUCAUUCCUAUCCGUGCAUGAAAGCAGCAGGACAGUGAGUGGCAAGGAAAUGUGUACGUUGUGUGACACGGCGCUGGUCAAGGGAGCCGCCAUGGUCAUCGAGUCCCUGGGGCUCGUUUAUCAUUUGACGUGUUUCAAGUGCGUCAACUGUAAGUCCGAGCUGCUGGGCGCAUCGGAGGUCGGAGCGGAGGUCAGAAUACGGAACCGACGGCUCUUCUGUGACUCCUGCUACGUGACUGAAAAGUGGACAGUCAACCUCCGUGAGAAACGAGUCAAAAGAUUUUCAGAAGUGAAGCAAGAUACACCAGCAGUGUUGUUUCCAAAGGGAGCAAAUGAAACACAGUGGGCAGAACAAGGAGUUUCAAGUGAAGUUUUAUUGUCACAUGCACAGGAUUAAGCAGGUCUGACACAGUACAGUGAAACGUUAACUUGUGAGCUCUUUCCCAACGAUGCACAAGGAAGCCAGUGAGAAAGAAAUAAAAACAGGACAUGAGAGAAGAAACAUGAGGAUGCUGUUAAAUACAGGUCUGAUAUACAGGUCUGAUAUACAGGUCUAAUAUACAGGUCUAAUAUACAGGUCUGGUAUACAGGUCUGAUAUACAGGUCUAAUAUACAGGUCAGGUCUGAUAUACAGGUCUAAUAUACAGGUCUGAUAUACAGGUCUAAUAUACAGGUCUAAUAUACAGGUCUAAUAUACAGGUCUGGUAUACAGGUCUGAUAUACAGGUCUAAUAUACAGGUCAGGUCUGAUAUACAGGUCUAAUAUACAGGUCUGAUAUACAGGUCUGAUAUACAGGUCUAAUAUACAGGUCAGGUCUGAUAUACAGGUCUGAUAUACAGGUCUAAUAUACAGGUCAGGUCUGAUAUACAGGUCUAAUAUACAGGUCUGAUAU